AAAAAUACUAAGAAGCUCUGUUGUUAUAUUAUACAUGUGCGAAUACAUGUCAGAAAAGUAAAUGGAACUUGAUGUUGAGAUAUUUAUCGUGUGCAAGACUUUAAUGUGUAAAACAAACGUGAAACAAAUAUGGGAAAAUUAAACGUCAUAAUUUUACGAUAUUUAACACGGGAUGAUUUCCGUGUUUUAACAGCUAUCGAGAUGGGAAUGAAGAAUCAUGAACUUGUUCCUGCAUCAUUAGCUGCUCAGAUAGCAAAUUUACGUUAUGGAGGUGUUCAUAAAUUAAUGAAGGAACUGUGCAAGCAUAGACUUCUCAGCUAUGAACGUGGGAAACAUUAUGAUGGUUAUCGAUUGACAAAUGCUGGUUACGAUUAUUUAGCUUUAAAGGUCUUGGCUCAGAGAGGUACCUUGUCCUCAUUUGGUAAUCAAAUAGGUGUGGGAAAAGAAUCUAACAUUUAUGUAGUUGCCGAUGAACAAGGAAAUCCAGUUUGCUUAAAGCUACACAGGUUAGGAAGAACAUGUUUCAGAAACAUUAAAGGUAAAAGAGACUAUCAUGGGCAUAGGAAGUCUGCAUCAUGGUUAUAUUUAUCAAGAAUAUCUGCUACAAGAGAGUUUGCUUAUAUGAAAGCACUUUUCGAUAGAGGAUUUCCAGUGCCAAAGCCAAUUGAUCUUAACAGACAUUGUGUUGUUAUGGAGCUGGUUGAAGGUGGACCUCUGUGCGGCGUAUACGAAGUGGAAAACGUUGAAUCACUUUAUGAUGAGUUAAUGAAUUUAAUUGUAAAACUCGGAAAUCAUGGAGUCAUCCACGGCGAUUUCAACGAAUUUAAUAUCAUGAUGACAAAUAGCGGGAAAGUAAUUUUAAUCGACUUUCCGCAGAUGAUUUCCACUGAGCACGUCGACGCUAAAAUGUAUUUCGACAGAGAUGUGAAUUGCAUUCGCGAUUUCUUCAAAAGACGUUUCGCUUAUGAAAGCGAGUUAUAUCCAACAUUUCAAGAUAUUUCGAGGGAGGAUUGCAUUGAUGCAGAAAUUAAGGCCAGUGGUCUGACUAAACAGAUGGAAAAGGAUCUUUUAAGGGAAAUGGGUAUUGACGAAUCUGAAGAUGUGGAAGACAAUCAGCUAGCAGAGGAAACCGAAGAAGAGAAAACUGUAGAUGAAAAGGAAAUUGGUUACCUACAACAUCAACUCGAAAUCUCCAUAAAAAAUGAAUUUUCGUGUACAUCCAGGCCAAUUAUAGCGACAUCAGAGACAAAUAAAGCUGAAGAUUCGGAAAGUUUGGAGAAUCAAAUCGUAGAAGAAGGUGUUAGAAACAUCGAUAUAAAUAAGUCAUCGGAAAGCACAGAGAACCCAAAGUUGUGCAAUUUAAAUGUCAAACAUAACCUAGAAUCAGUAAAAUCACAAACGUUCAAUUCGGAAGACGAGUAUGAAGAAAGUAGUAAAUUCAGCGAUUCAAGGAGUAUGUACAGUAAUACCACGACCGCUACAAUCGCUCCAGAAGUUAUUAAACAAAGGGUAAAGGUAACUUUACAAAGACGCGAUAAGAAACAUCAAUCAAAAAGAACUCUUGUGAAAGGUGAAGCAAACGCGGUCACCAGAGUUAGAAGAGAGAACAGGGAUACGAUUAAGCAAUCGACGGGAAUAUGGGGUUGGGAAUAAAAUAUUUGUUACUCGUAAAUUAUUUAUAAUAUGCGAACGAUUGGUACAAACGGUAAUAAACCUUUAUCCGUUGA